AUGACUCCUAGAGUCGACCUUGCAAUCAUCUUCCGGAGCGGAGCCAAGUCCAAGGCUGAAGCCAUCGAUGCGGCCUCAGAAUACAAGCGUCUUUUGACGACACUCACCGAUGGCGGACUCAAAGCUGUCGGAAAGAAGGGUGCAUCAGAUAACGAGCUUCUUGUGUUUGUGUGGUGCCCUCAAGACAAGUUAGAACAACUGGCCGAACAUGAGCGUCGUACCGACUUUGUUUACGGCGUUGCUCGUGCCAAGGUGCCUUCCCUAUCCAGUACCGGCAAUCCUGGGGCGGUAACUCCAGCCGAGCGCAUUCGUCUCGUUCACACGUACAUAUCGUCUCCUAAAACCGAUGGGGGGCUUGGAGUGGCACCCGGUUCCCCUCACUGGUCCCGCAUUCAAAGCAUAAUGGCACUUCAGGACCGUGACUUUAACCACACAUGGCUUUCCAACUGGACGCGGAAACAAGUCGGAUUUUCGAUCCCUGAUGUUGAGCUCGAUAAAAUUAGGGAUAACUUCGGCGAAUCACUCGCCUUGUAUUUUUCCUUCCUGUCUUUCUACACUCGGGCUCUAUUUGUCCCCGCCACUCUGGGGCUUAUUGCAUGGGUGCUUAAAACCCCAUAUCAUCCACUCUACUCUCUUGCACUUUCCCUAUGGGCGAUCACUACAGUAGACAUUUGGCAAGUUCGUGAACGUGCCCUGUCCGUCCGCUGGGGAACUCACGGUGUAGCACGCGUGGAGCGCCGAAGAGUCGAGUUUAUCACUACCUCGAUUCAAGAACAAUCCGAAGAUAAUAUCGCGGCCGAUUCUGACACACUUUUCCCCUGGUGGAAACGCGAAUUCCGUAUGGCACUUUCGGUUCCGGUCAUUAGCCUAUUUGGUGUCUUGCUCGGUGGUCUCCUUACCGCCAUAUUCCUAUUUGAGGCCUUUGUCACUCAGCUAUACGACGGUCCAGGAAAGAGCUAUAUUGGAUUCAUUCCGACUAUUAUUUUUGUCACCGUGAUCCCUCGAAUCAUGGGAGUCUAUAACCAAAGCGCUGGUGGCUUGACCCGCUGGGAAAACCACGCUCACGAAUCUUCCUUUAAUCGCUCGCUUACAUUGAAGACGUUUGCUUUGUCGAGUAUCGUGGCCUUCCUGGGACUCUUCUUGACUGCAUUCGUCUACAUCCCAUUCGGACCCGAUGUUAUGCGUUGGGUGAACACUGCGUUAUUUGAUUCCGGCCAUCCUGAAGUGGCAGAGGCAGCCACCGAUGCAGGGAUCAAGCCUCUCCCACCCAUCGACGUUCAUACCAAAAUCAAUCCUGGUCGCCUACAUGCCCAAAUGUUUGCGUACACGGUGACCAAUCAAGCUAUCAACUUUUUCCUCGAGACUGGACUGCCUUUCAUCCUACGAGGAGUGGCUAAAGCUCGCGCCAGCCGAAGCAUCAACAAUAAAAAGAACAACGAAAAGUUGGACGCCGUGACCCAGCUAGUGGAACAUGCGAGGGAAGAGUCGAUGUUGCCUGAAUACACUUUGUUUUCAGAUUACGCGGAAAUGGUGACUCAGUUUGGUUAUAUCGUGAUCUGGAGCGCCGCUUGGCCUCUCGCACCUCUAAUGGCUCUCCUCAACAAUUGGCUCGAACUUCGUUCAGAUGCAUUCAAAAUAACCAGCCAUGGCCGUCGCCCACUCCCACAACGCGUGGACACCAUUGGCCCAUGGUUAGAAGCACUUGGGUUUAUUACUUGGGUCGGUGCACUCACCAAUGCGGCUCUCGUCUACCUCUUCCGCCCCAUGACCGUCGACUCUCACGGUCGUACCACAACAGCCGCACAAUCUGGUUCGCCAUUCUUGACUACUACUCUCGGCCGUGAAAUCAAGAUUCCGCACUUUCCGGCAACGAAUACUACUUUUGGAGGGAGGCUCGGCCUUACACAUGCAACGAGCACAUUAUUGACAGCCGUUCUCCCCGCAAUCUUGACUGCUCUUGCAGCUUCCCAUGCUUUUUUCGUAGUCCGUGCUUUGGUAAAACAUGUGAUCGAAAGGGCCGUGUGGAGGGGUAGUGAUGAGUAUCGUGCUCUCGGUAAAGCCGAGAGAGAAGUUAAGAGGAAGUUCUUGGCUGGAGGAGGCGGAGGUGGUUUUGUCCCAGGAGUGACAUCGAACGGCAUCAGUGCUGGGUCAAAUAUGCAGGAUGGUGGCGCUGAUCUUUGGGAUGGGCCGGAUGAAGGGGCGAGUAUCUUGUCUGGGUUAAUUAAAGGAGAGUAG